AUGGUAGUUUUCUACACUGUGUAUUAUGUGGUCCUAUCUGUGUGCUUCGCAGUAUUCAAGAUUAAAAUGUUGGAUGGUUUGGCACCUUUUGAUUUUAAGACAAAACCCUCAUGGAUUAACCCAUAUUAUUUAGUUCUUGUGAUAUCAUUGGAAAUAACUUUCUUCAUUUGUGGUCUGCUGUUUGCCUUGGUUGUGGAAGAAUGGGUUUGGGAUUACGCUGUAACAGUUACUAUUAUUCAUAUCAUCAUAACUUCAGCUGUUAUGUCUGAAUUCCCCCUGAUGUUACACUGGUGGCUGGCAUUAGGAUCUGGAGUAAUUUCAAUGAUUUGUGGAGGACAGAUUUUGGCAUACUGCUUGUUCAAAGACAACUUCAUUUACCCGAUUCUAGAUGAUUUUUGA